AUGCCCCCAGUGAACUUUGCUGACAAACCCAUCGUGUGGAUCCUGGGUGGGCCCGGCUCCGGCAAAGGCACCCAGUGUGAGAAGAUCAUCGCCAAGUAUGGCUUCACCCACUUGUCUACCGGUGAUUUGCUGCGCGCUGAGGUGAAGAGUGGUUCCGAUAGGGCCAAGAACCUAACCACUAUUAUGGAACAAGGUCAGCUGGUGCCAAAUAAUGUAGUCCUCGACCUUCUCAAAGAAGCGAUUGAGGCGCGUGCUGCGGGAGCCAACGGCUUCCUCAUCGAUGGCUACCCGAGGGAGAAGUCUCAGGGUAUUGAGUUCGAGAAGGCUAUCUCACCUGUAACUGUCAUAAUCUACUUUGAAGCGUCAAGUGAGACUCUCACGCAGCGCCUGUUGGGCCGCGCGCUGAGCUCGGGCCGCGCCGACGACAACGAGGCGACCAUCAAGCUCCGCCUGAAGACCUUCCUAGACAACAACCAACAAGUGCUGGACCAGUACCCUGACAAACUCUGCAGGAUAAACGCGGAACAGAGUGUGGACGCCAUAUUCUCGGAGGUGGAGAAGAUCCUAGACCCGAUUACCACCAGCGCGGCUGCUGUCGCGGCUAACUAA